CGCAGUUUGCAGCUAGCGGACACAACAGUCAGGCAGCAGCAGCAGUUACCACUCCGUGCUCCACCGUGUUGCCUCCCUCCCAAGUCCCAUUGGCCGCCAUGGGCUCCUGCCUCUCCUCCGAGACCCCCGCCGCCAGCGCCGGCGCGGCGGCGUGGUGGCGGAAGGGGCGCCGCGGGACCCGGGAAGGCGCGGCUGGCGGCCUCCCCAGCGGCGGCAAGAAGCCGCCCGGACGAGGGGGAGAGAUGACGGAGGACGAGCUCGCGCGGGUCUCCGGCAGGAUGUGCGGCAACGGCGCCAGCGCGGUGGCGUGCCUCCACACGCAGCAGGGGCGGAAGGGUACCAACCAGGACGCCAUGGUCGUGUGGGAGAGUUUUAACUCAAGUGACAGCAUCUUCUGUGGUGUGUUUGAUGGCCAUGGGCCAUACGGUCAUUUUGUCGCCAAGAAAGUUAGAGAUUCACUUCCUGUCAAGUUGCGCACACAAUGGCAGACUAGUGCUAAUGGGCCCUGCUCUAGUCCUCAUCAAAAUGGAAGCAUCUCUGGAAGUAUCAACUCCGAAGAAACAGCUUCUAUUGUCGAUGACGAAUGGGGAGAUGGUGAUAACACUGAGAAGCUUCCUGAGAUGUUUCUUCCACUUAAGCGAUCUUACCUAAAAGCUUUCAAAUUGAUGGACAAGGAACUCAAGCUGCAUCCCACAGUUGACUGUUUCUGCAGUGGGUCUACGGCGGUAACGUUGGUGAAACAGGGAUUGGACCUUGUAAUUGGAAACCUUGGGGACUCGAGAGCAAUUAUGGGGACAAGAGACGCCUCUAACAAUCUAACUGCUCUGCAACUCACAGUUGAUUUGAAGCCUAACCUUCCCAGGGAAGCUGAGAGGAUACAACAAUGUAAAGGACGAGUCUUUGCUCUUCAGGAUGAGCCAGAAGUCGCCAGAGUGUGGUUGCCCAAUAACGACUCCCCUGGACUGGCAAUGGCAAGAGCUUUCGGCGACUUCUGCCUUAAAGACUAUGGUUUGAUAUCUGUUCCAGAGAUAUCGUAUCGCCUUCUCACCGAGAAGGAUGAAUUCAUAAUACUAGCCACCGAUGGGGUGUGGGACGUUCUCUCGAACAAGGAGGCCGUUGAUAUUGUGGCGUCAGCCCCGUCUCGGGCAACGGCAGCCAGGGCUCUUGUCGACAGCGCUGUCAGAUCGUGGAGGCUCAAGUUCCCAACAUCCAAGAGUGAUGACUGCGCUGUCGUCUGCUUGUUCUUGGAUCGUGCUGGCUCGGCUCAAGAGAGCGAGAGCGAAGCCAUUGUGGAGACGGCAGAGCCCACCGGGGAGGAGGUCUGCAGGCGGGAUGCCGGUGAGGUCGACGAGGACAUGGCAGUCGCAGAUGCUGGUGUACAUGUAGUAUCCAGCGCGGAGCACAGUGCCGAGGCGACUCCGUUGCAGCACUCCACCACGUCAAGGGAGCUCGACGACGAGAUUGUACCGGCGGACGAGCACGAGCCUCCCGUCGUCCUGAAGGAGCCUGCGAGGUGCGGGUCUGCUCGCAGCCUGGCAGAGUGCAUAUCGACGAGCGAGGAAGAGGAGUGGUCCGCGCUCGAAGGCGUGACGCGGGUGAACUCCCUCCUGAACCUCCCGAGAAUAAUGUCCGGCGACAGGAGAUCGGCCAGCUGGAGGAAGCGACGGUGAACAGCAGAGGAAGCUCUCCACUGGAGUUCUUCGCCGAGUUCAAAUCCUCCCUCAGUCUCUGGGAAUCUUCCCCAGGUUGUUUUGACCUCAACCGCGUCAGCGUGUGCGUUCCGGAUCGUUUGUUUGUUCAUUCUUGUGCCUUUUUUGCCGGUAGGUGUUCCAUGCUUGGGGCUUCUCUGUGUCCGUUUGUGCAUAGAAAAGUUUUUUUUUUUGGUUCUGUGAGAAGCUUCUGUAAAACAUGCAGCACCUCCUGGAGUGCUAUAUGUGUAUCAUUAGGUCAUCGUUUUGUUCAUCUU